GAUCACUCCUGGAUAGGACACUCACUACUUUGGUCAGGACGGGUAUGGAGUGCGUGUGAGGAUGGAGCCUGGACCCUGAACUGGCUUUGUUUAUCCAUCCGCCUCCUGGGUUACAUAAGAGCAGGCGAGUGCUCCCAUGGAUGAAGAGCCCAGCCGCCUGUCUUCCGGGAAUCGAGACUGAUUGUAGAUUGUUGCACUCUCCCCACUUGGAUUAUAAUCACCUUUGUGUCAUUCUCCACCUCUGGAUUCUGAGCUUCCUGGGCUGUGGGACCGUGGCUUACUCGUCUUUGUGUACUUCCUUGCUCGCUUAAUGAUGAUGAAUGAUCGACUCUGUAGGCCUGGUAGUCAGUGCUGUUGUCAAGACCAAUGCUAAUGCAGAGAAGGCAGAUGAAGAAGAGAAAGAGGACAGAGCUGCCCAGUCCUUACUCAACAAGCUGAUCAGAAGCAACCUUGUGGAUAACACAAACCAGGUGGAAGUCCUGCAGCGGGACCCAAAUUCCCCACUCUACUCAGUGAAGUCCUUUGAGGAGCUUCGGCUGAAACCACAGCUUCUCCAGGGAGUCUAUGCCAUGGGCUUCAACCGUCCAUCCAAGAUACAAGAGAAUGCACUGCCUUUGAUGCUUGCUGAGCCCCCACAGAAUUUAAUUGCCCAGUCUCAGUCUGGCACUGGUAAAACAGCUGCCUUUGUGUUGGCCAUGCUCAGCCAAGUAGAACCUGCAAACAGAUACCCCCAGUGUCUGUGCCUCUCCCCAACUUAUGAGCUCGCCCUUCAAACAGGAAAAGUGAUUGAGCAGAUGGGCAAAUUUUACCCUGAACUGAAGCUAGCUUAUGCUGUCCGAGGCAAUAAAUUGGAAAGAGGUCAGAAGAUCAGUGAGCACAUUGUCAUUGGCACCCCUGGGACUGUUCUGGACUGGUGCGCCAAGCUCAAGUUCAUUGACCCCAAGAAGAUCAAGGUGUUUGUUCUGGAUGAGGCUGACGUGAUGAUAGCUACUCAGGGGCACCAAGAUCAGAGCAUCCGCAUCCAGAGGAUGCUGCCCCGGAACUGCCAGAUGCUGCUUUUCUCUGCCACCUUUGAAGACUCCGUAUGGAAGUUUGCCCAGAAAGUGGUCCCAGACCCAAACAUUAUCAAACUGAAGCGCGAGGAGGAGACAUUGGACACCAUCAAGCAGUAUUAUGUCCUGUGCAAUAACAGAGAUGAGAAGUUCCAGGCCUUGUGUAACCUCUACGGGGCCAUCACCAUUGCUCAGGCCAUGAUCUUCUGCCAUACCCGCAAAACAGCGAGCUGGCUGGCAGCAGAGCUCUCAAAAGAAGGCCACCAGGUGGCCCUGCUGAGUGGCGAAAUGAUGGUGGAGCAGAGGGCUGCGGUGAUCGAGCGCUUCCGAGAAGGCAAAGAGAAGGUGCUGGUGACCACCAACGUGUGUGCCCGCGGUAUUGAUGUCGAACAGGUUUCUGUUGUCAUCAACUUUGACCUCCCCGUGGACAAGGAUGGGAACCCGGACAACGAGACCUACCUGCACCGGAUCGGGCGCACGGGCCGCUUUGGCAAGAGGGGCCUGGCAGUGAACAUGGUUGACAGCAAGCACAGCAUGAACAUCCUCAACAGAAUCCAGGAGCAUUUUAAUAAGAAAAUAGAAAGAUUGGACACGGAUGAUUUGGACGAGAUUGAGAAGAUAGCCAACUGAGACGCUCCACCAGUCGCCAGUGCCCACCCCCGGCACUCCGCCUGCACGGGAGACCGGUGCUUUCACGGCACAGGCCUCGACAGUCACCACAAAGACAAAGGCAGAGGAGAGAGAAACUACCUACCUCAUUUUAAAUUACGUUUGGACUAGACAAAAAUUGUGCAACUGAUGGGGGAAGGUAGAAAAAAAUUGUUUACACAACUUCUAAGGAUUAGGCGUGAAUACACAGAAAUUUACCUUUUGGAAA